GGGAGCGGGGCCCGGCGCCGCCCGGGCCGCGGGGCGAUGUGAACCCCAGGUGUGUCCCGGAGGGAUCCACGUGACUUCUCUGCAGGCUGCUUGUCAUGAUGCCCUACCAAGAACGGGGAGAAUAAGUGGGGGUAGUUCCCCAUGCCCCUCCCAUGGUCAGCUCCCCGAUGGCCUGGGUGAGGUGAGAGCUAUGUAUAGGAGUCCAUUUUCUGGAGUUCCCAAGUUGGGAGGAAUGGAGGAUGCAGGGCAGGAUUGUUUAAGGCUUUGCAUGUUCAGUUAGACAUAUUCCAAGGAUGUUUAAUCUUGAAAUACAUCUCUUGCAGCAAGUUGCAACACUUUAACUUCUGUCUGGGAUCUGUUCACAUGCUUGCUUGCUUCCUUAGGUCCCUCACACGUCCAGCUUAAGCACAGGCCUGACUGCUGCCAUAUAUAAUCAAGUGCCAUGGUCCUGAAGGGAAAAGCCAAAGACUUCAGGCCUCUGGUCACCCCUUUGGACACAGAAGAGCAAGUCUCUCAUUUAUUUUUUUGAUGAAUUAUCUAAUCAAACUUAUACAAAUUGUACUAUAAUUUAAAUGUCUAAUUUUCUGAAUGUAGCGUUUGACCAUAAUGUAACACCUCAUUUGAAGAGACAUCAAAAGGUAAAUUUGAGGUGGAUGUUGGCUCUGUGGUGAGGGAGUUCAAGAGAGGUCUUGGACAAUGUGGGAAGGGCAAGGCAGAAAAGGAGGAAAAAGAAAGCCAAGAUUUCUGGUUUCUCAAAUUAUGGUUUCUUUGCUGAAUUUGGAUGAGGGCCCCAGGUUGCCACCGCCUUCCAUAUGCAAAUCACUUCUGGGUCCCUACUUUUUUCUUUUUUUUUAAGAUUUAUUUAUUUAUGCAUACAAGAACUGGGGUACAAGCCAGAGGUGUGGGGGGUGAGAGGAUUCACCAGAGACAGAGUGGGGAGCAGAACAGGCAUAUCUACUGAAAUACACUGCUGAGGGGAACAGCGGGCAAGACAGGAGAGGUCUGCUGUGCCAUGUGGGUUGCUUCCUGGCCAGCCAGGGUUCGAACUCAUGCUCAAGUGGUUAGCAGUAGCUUGAUAGCGCUGUCUUUAACCCCUGCGCCACCAGGGAGGCCCUGGGUCCCUACUUUUACCCAUGCUUUUCCUGCUGCCCAGUGUUCCCUUCCCUAUGUUUACAUCAGGUCAAAAUCCUACACAUUUCUCAAGAGCCACAUGAAUGUUAUCUCUAGAAGCUGUUUCCACCCCCUGUCAGCAUCAGUCUUUAACACAUCCUCACUUGAAUUAAUGUUUAUCCAAUAUGUGUCUGGUCCUGGAUUGAGUGCUGGUUCCCUGAGGGAAGGACUGUGUCGUACAGUUCCUUAGAUAAUAGGUGAUCACAAUGAGGGCUUCUGCUGGAGUUCUUCAGAGCAGGGGCUUUUUGGAGUUGACCUGAUGAAUGCCUUGUUCCUUGUGUGUUUCCUAGGGCAAGCUGUCUGCUCUGACACCAUGGGGAGCUGCUGCAGCUGCCUGAACAGAGACAGCAUCCCAGACAACCACCCCACCAAGUUCAAGGUGACGAAUGUGGAUGACGAGGGGGUGGAGCUGGGCUCUGGAGUGAUGGAGCUGACGCAAAGUGAGUUGGUGCUGCACCUACACCGGCGCGAGGCUGUCCGCUGGCCCUACCUCUGCCUGCGGCGCUAUGGGUACGACUCCAACCUCUUCUCCUUUGAGAGUGGCCGCCGGUGUCAGACGGGCCAGGGGAUAUUUGCCUUCAAGUGCUCCCGGGCUGAGGAAAUCUUCAACCUCCUGCAGGACCUGAUGCAGUGCAACAGCAUCAAUGUGAUGGAAGAGCCGGUCAUCAUUACCCGCAACAGCCACCCAGCUGAGCUCGAGCUCCCCAGGGCCCCCCAGCCUCCCAAUGCUCUGGGCUACACUGUCUCCAGCUUCACCAAUGGCUUCCCCGGCUGCCCCGGAGAGGGCCCACGAUUCUCAGCUCCCCGGCGCCCCUCAACCAGCAGCCUGCGACACCCCUCGCUUGGGGAAGAGUCCACCCAUGCCCUCAUUGCCCCUGAAGAGCAGUCCCACACCUAUGUCAACACACCGGCCAAUGAGGAUGCCCACCGCCGAAGCCGGCACUGCCUGCAGCCCCUGCCUGAGGGGCGGGCGCCUUUCCCCCCGCAGACCCGGGGCCCCGACCAGCGGGACCCGCAGGUGUUCUUGCAGCCAGGCCAGGUGAAGUUCGUGUUGGGCCCAACCCCUGCUCGGCGGCACGUGAUGAAGUGCCAGGGCCUCUGCCCCAGCCUGCAUGACCCCCCACCCCACAACAAUAACAAUGAGGGCCCUUCUGAGUGCCCAGCCCAGCCCAAGUGCACCUACGAGAACGUCAGCGGGGGGUUGAGGCGAGGGCCCGGCUGGAGACUGAGCCCGGAGGAACCAGGCUGGAAUGGUCUUGCCCAUCGCCGGGCUGCCCUGCUGCACUAUGAGAACCUGCCCUCCCUGCCCCCCGUGUGGGAGAGUCAAACCCAGCAGCUGGGGGAGGAGGCCGGGGAUGAUGGGGACUCGAGAGAUGGGCUCACACCCUCCUCCAAUGGCUUUCCCGAUGGCGAGGAAGACGAGACCCCGCUGCAGAAGCCCACCAGCACCCGGGCUGCCCUCCGCAGCCACGGCAGCUUCCCUGUGCCACUGACCCGCCGCCGAGGCUCCCCUCGGGUCUUCAACUUUGAUUUCCGCCGGCCAGGCCCCGAGCCCCCAAGGCAGCUCAACUACAUCCAGGUGGAGCUGAAGGGCUGGGGUGGAGACCGCCCCAAGGGGCCCCAGAACCCCUCAGUCCCCCAAGCCCCUGUGCCCACCGCCCACCCUGCCCGCAGCUCAGACUCCUACGCCGUGAUUGACCUCAAAAAGACCGUGGCCAUGUCCAAUCUGCAGAGGGCUCUGCCCCGAGAUGAUGGCACUGCCAGGAAAACCCGGCACAACAGCACCGACCUGCCUCUGUAGGGACGUCCCUCCUCCCCGCCGCGGCCCAGCUCUGCCUCACGCUCCAGUCCUCUGUCCUCUGAACCCACACGCCCCAGGGUUCAGGGUUGCUUCGCAGAAGGGCAUUGAGGUGGGACCGGAUGCUUCCCCACGCUGGCCAGAGCCCCCAAAGAUAGCAGCCAGAGUCUUCUGGUCUCAGCUUGGAGAGAGAAGAAGUGGCCAGGCGAGGAGGGAGCCACAACGUAAACUGUGAAGGGGUCCCGUGAUUGCAUUUAGCGCCCUCCCGAGCGUCCAUCGUCUUGUCUGUCUGUGUGUUUUUUUUGGUUGAAAUUUUGAAACAUUUUGUACCUGUUGAUUUUAUUUAUCAGUUUAUUUUUCUAUUUAUUGUUUUAAAUGUAACUUAACAUAUUUAUUAUUAAUAUAAUUAUUUUUAAAUUCUG